CCUAAGACCUGGAACUUCAUUGGAUUGUCCCCCUCAGGUCCUGUCCAGUACCUGAUUGACUCCAUUCUGCUUCUUCCCUUGGGUGACUCAUAGCUGUGGCCUUGCCAGACUGAGUUCCUUGGGUCAGGCGUCAAUUUACCACUGACUUAGAGUUUCCACUUCAGACUGAUUCAAGGCGUCUGAGGACACUGAAUCUGAGACUCUGCACCAUGCCUCCCAAUUUACAGAGAAUUUUCCCAGCACUGUGCCUCCUUGGGGUCCUGUUUCUCCUGCACUGCACACCUGUCCUGUGUGGUUGCGAUAAUCCUCCUGUGGUUGCCCACGGACAUCAUACACAAGUUAUUUCGCUACUUGGAAUAAAAAAAGAUGAGGUUGUAUAUAAAUGUGAUGAAGGAUACACUCUGGUUGGAGAGGACAGACUCUUCUGUCGUUAUUCACGCUGGUCACCUGCAGCCCCUCAAUGUAAAGCUUUGUGUCCGAAACCACAGAUAGAUCGUGGAAAGUUAUCUGUGGAUCAGGAUGAAUAUACUGAGUCUGAAAACAUCAUUGUCCAGUGUGACUCUGGCUAUGGUUUGGUUGGUCCCCAAAUUAUCACUUGCACAGAAGACAGAACCUGGCACCCACGGGUGCCCAAGUGUGAAUGGGAGUACCCCGAAGACUGUGAGCAAGUGCAUGAAGGCAAAAAACUCAUGCAGUGUCUCCCAAACCCGGAGGAGAUAAAAUUGGCCCUGGACCUGUAUAAGCUGUCCCUGGAGACUAAACUACUGGAGCUUCAGAUAGAUAAGGAAAAGAAAGCCAAAGCGAAGUACUCAAUAUAGUUUUUCCAAAGAGGCGGAGGAAAAACAUGCCUUGCAGCUCUCAAUCCAAUGUAGAUCACUUAAGUUUACCACUUCUUCCACCUUUUUUAUACCAUCAUUUGCAGCAAUAAUUAUCUAGAAAGGAUAACUUGUUAAUCAUUAGUGCUUAGAGAUUGUAGAAUUAUUGACCAUAUUCUGAUUCAAUUUUUGCUUUUCUGGACACAGAGUAUACAAUUUUUUCAAUUAAAAAUUUUAUAUCCAAAA